AUGCAAUAAGCAAAUCACGUAAUCUAUGAGUUGGAAGAUGAUGAUGAUAAUAAUAAGUAACAGACUUCUAAGCAGUAAAUCAGGAUUGAUAGAAAAUUAGGAGCAGUUUCUUAUAAAAAGUGGGGGACAUUAUAUAACUACUAUUUCUCCUUCAAUUUGAAAAAGGGAAGAUUAUUGUGCUAUAAAACGCAGACAUCUUCCUCUUACAAUAAUUACUACUCGUUAAACAAAGGGGAUUUUGUCAAGGAUGAAUCAGAAAUUACUCGAUUUGAAAACAGUUUAAAGAAAAAGAAAAAUUAUGAGUUUGUUCAAAAUUAGAAGUUAAUAAUUUAUGUUCGAACAGCAAAGGGAAGGAUUUUCAAAUUGCUAAUCGAUGAAAAUGAGAAUUACGAUAAGAUUGUGGGGUAUUUGCAAAUUUGUUUCUCCUCUAAAAUUUAAAGUGUGAAUUCAUUUUUUGCUUUGCUUGGAGUUGGAUUAGUUAAGGUGAAUGAUGAAGAAUUUAAAUUAACUACUGGUAUCUUUGUAUCUUUGAAUGAUUGGUCAAAAACAAAUAACAAUAAAUAUUUAUUAAUGAACCAUGAUUAAGGCUUAAAUUUAUUAAUAAGCAAUAUUGAGUUAUUAGGUGGAAUAAUAGGUUCAUUCUAUAGAACCUAAAAUCUUUUAGGAAUCAUCUUUAACCCAUUCACUCAGACCAUUGAUAUCGUUUUAUUUGAUAAUAUAAAUCCUAAAACACUAUUGCAGGGAGUCUUCAAAUUAGUAAAAUUUAGUAAGAAACAAAUCCAACCAUCAGGGAGAGGUUAGCUUUUGAAAUUGAAGACUGAUAUGAAUGAAGUCAAGGACAAUCAUUAUGUGGAAAUAGCAUAAAGUGAAAAUGUCAAAAUAUACAUACACAAUGCACAUCUUAAUAUAUCAGAUUAUGAUUUGGUUUAAGGAUCUAUGUUUACAUCUUAAUAUAUAGAUGAUGAAAAUGAUUUGGAUGCAGACAAACUGCUAUCAAACACAGCCUUAGAAUUCUAUAAAAAGGAAUACAAAGUGAUAAACACUAAUGAAGAUGAAACUAAAGAGUUUAUUAUUGUUAACAAAUAGCAAAAGCAAAUGAAUUUCAAUAACUUUGCUUCGCCUAGAUGCAACAAAAGAUAGGUGUCCAUAACUACAGAAGAUGUCAAUGAUGAAAACUAAGGCCAAGGUGUUUAGAUAGCAAAAAGCAUAAAAAUACACAUGCAUAGAUCAGAUCAAAAUAUUAGUUAAUUUCCAAACAUUACACCUCCCAAAUUAGAAUUCAUCACUGAAUUUCAAACUGGAUGCUUUAAUAAUAUUGACAGCAUUGAUUAGGUCCAAUAAAAUCUAUUCUAAUAAGAAUAAAUAAAAUAAAAUGGAAACCAAGAACAAAAUAUACCGUUACAAUAAAAUCAAGAAAUUGAAUAAUCUAAAAUACUCUAAUGUUAAGCAUAAGAAUAAGACAAUGAUUCAGAAGAAAUCGAUUUGGUUAAAUUUUCAAUUGUUUUUGAAGCUUCAGAACAUAGUCCAUAUAGAGAUUUCAAUUCUAUCAUGAAUUACGCAGUUAAUUUUAAGAAAAUUGAUUACAAGGAUGAAUAUAGAGUUAGCAUUGCUCAUAAGAGUGGAGGAACAGCUUGUUAAGAUAAGAAGAUGAUUGAAUUAGCAAGAAGUGUUGGCAAAAAUAUGAUUAAACAGGUAGGUUAGAAAUUGUUAAGUGGUAAUUUCAAUCUUACAUAAGUGUCAUUUCCAAUUAAAGCUAUGAUUCCGAAAUCUGCCUUAGAGAAAACCUUUAUGUAAACAAUUCUCUUUCCACUUUAUAUGAAUAAGGCAGCAUCCAUUUAAGACCCUCUGGAAAGAAUGAAACUCUCUAUUGUUGGAUUACUUUCCAAUUAUAUUUAAGCUAACUCUUUUCUAAAGCCUCUCAAUCCUAUUUUAGGAGAAACCUUUGAGGGAGGCUAUGAAGACGGCACUUAAUUGUUUUGUGAAUAAAUAUCGCAUCAUCCUCCACUCUCUUAUUUCUUAGUUUUUGGACCAAAAAAAUCAUAUAAAUUCUAUGGAUAUUCCCUUUAUGAAGCCAAGGCAGGAUUCAAUUCUCUAACUAUACUAAAUCAUGGAAAAAGAACGAUAUAAUUUAAUGACUAAAAAAUCCAAUGCACCUUCUCAUCAGAACAUUACUCUGGCACUUUCUUAGGAACAAUGAAAAAUGAAUCACAAGGAUCUCUUUAAUUUAUAGAUGAUGCCAAUAAUUUAAAAUGUACGGUUUAAUUGGGGAAAGUCAAGAGUAAACCAACUGAUUAUUUUGAAGGGGAAAUAAAAAGAGGUAAAACCACUUUGAGUAAAUUAUUUGGAUCCUACAUGGGUUUUGCUGAUUUUGAUGGUAUUAGAUAUUGGGAUGCCCGAGUUAUCAAACCCUUUGCAAUGCAAAUAUUAAAAUCUAAUUUAGAUUCUGAUCACACCAAAAGAACGGAUAGAAUCCUUAUGAUAUAAGGAGAUAUGGAUAAAGCACAAUCUGAAAAGGAAAGAUUGGAAUAACUUCAAAGAAAAGACACAGCCUUGAGAAAGGCUUCAAGGUAAAAUGAUUGA